AAGCCGAAUUUUUGUCUUCCGCGGAACUUUUGCUCCAAGCAACUGUGUCAGAAGCUUCCACUUAUAAAGAGGUAGCAUUCAAUAUAAUUUCUAAUUGCGCUCUGCUUACAUGGAUUCAUAGGUCAGUGCCGAAGAAGUUAAUUUCUGAGCGCUGCAGUGAAGACUUGUAAGAAGCCAAAUGUAGAGAAAUAUUUAAACUGGUCUUCAAUUGAAAAGAAACUAACAAAAAAAGAUACUUAUUAUUAAAUAUUUGUUAAGGGAUUACAUACUUAAAUCAUUAUGAAAGGACUCGUGCUAGCAUUGGCGAUUUUAUGCAGCCUUGGAUAUGUUGCUGUGGGGAAACAUGUGUUUUGUUACUACAGCAGUUUUGCUUACAAAAGACACAGCAUUGGCAACUUUUUACCGGAAGACAUCAACCCCUAUCUCUGUUCACACAUCAUAUACGCUUUUGUGGACAUCUCAAAAGACGGCACUGACCUGAAGCCUGGCAAUAAGAACGACCAUGGUCCAAACGGACUAUAUGCAAGAACUCUGGCACUGAAAGAGAAAAACCCUUCCCUGAAGGUGCUUUUGGCCGUUGGAGGGUGGAACAUAGGCUCGGAGCCUUUCGUUCCAAUGAUUCGAGACGAACACACACGAAACACGUGGAUACAAAACGUAGUCAAAUAUGUUCGCAAGCACGGCUUCGAUGGAUUUGAUAUGGAUUGGGAGUUCCCGGCCACUCGUGGCAGUCCCCCUGAAGAUAAAUACCGAUUCACUUUGUUAAUGAAGGGUCUGUAUGAAGCUUUUGAGGAAGAGGCGAAAGAGAGUGGUAAGGAGAAGCUGCUUCUGACCAUAGCCGCAGCCUCGGGGACGUAUUACAUUGACCAGAGCUACGAGCCGAGUAAGAUUAUACAAUACAUUGACUACAUGUUUCUCAUGACCUACAACUACCAUGGUCAGUGGGAGAAGUGGACUGGACAUCAUAGUGGACUUUACCCUCACAAAGAUGACCCAAAGACUGGCGAAAAAUCUCAACUGUAUCAGGAAUGGUCCAUAGACUACUGGCUGAAUGUUGGUAUCUCGAAAGAUAAGUUGGUGGUGGGCAUCCCCACUUACGGAAUGACCUACACUUUGGCGGACCCAGACGACCACGGUGUUAGGGCGCCGGCUGUUGGUGGAGGCCACAAGGGAGAGUACACGCGGGAGACUGGAAUUUUGGCCUACUAUGAGAUCUGUAAAAAUCUCCAAGAUGAAGGCUGGAAGUCUGAAUGGAUUGACGAGCAGUCUGUCCCCUACGCUUACGGAGGUGACCAGUGGGCAGGCUACGAAGACAAGAAAAGUAUUUCCAUCAAGGCCAGCAACAUUCUCAAGCGAGAUCUUGCAGGUGCCUUCGUCUGGUCUGUUGAGAUGGACGACUUCGGUAAUGUUUGUGGCCAGGGAAAUUAUCCCCUGCUCAGCACGAUCACAGAAUCAAUCGGAGGCUCGUCUGUGGCUAGACCAGCUGCAGCUCAUCCUGAGUUCAAGAUAGACACAAGGCCUCGCCCAGACGCUCCUCUCGAAGACUGGGCUGAGCCGAACUCUGUGACUAGUGGUCCCGCAAAAGGAACCUGGAAGAAAGGCAAGAAAAUAGCGGCCGCUGCCAGCAAUAAGAAGGCAGAGGUAGUGACGACAGCCCCUCCUCCAACAUCUGCUGAAAAUCAGGAAUCCACCUCUGAAAGUCAAGAGAAACUGAAAGUUCGACCGUGGACACAAUCCCGCAAAAUGUCAAAAUGGCGACCACUCUCAGAGAAAAAGGCGCCUACAAGUUUACCACAGACUUCCGGUACCACAGGGUCGCCAUCAAAGAGGCUCAGAUAUUUGUGGAGGAAGAAGUUUGUACGAAACCACAAAGCUGCUCCGCAAAAACAAAAGGAAAGUGACGACACUACUUCCUGGCAGACUACAAAAUGGUGGUCGUCGUCCCCACCUGACAAGAAAAGUCCCGACAGCAAAGAGUCUUCGGAGAGUGUCGCAUCCUCGCAGGACUCUGCUGAAGAUGUCAACCAUGUGCAACAUCAUCCGCAAGAGAAGAAUCACGUGGUUCGGACAGCAGCGCAUGAACACGCGGAGGAACCCAAGAGCAACUCGCCGGCUGCUAGCAGCCAUCAUGGCAGUAGCGAAGGAGUAGAUGAAGAGAUGGAUGAGAGACUAAAUAUUUGUCGAGAAAAAGGAAUGGGGACAUAUGCUGAUCCUUUCUCAUGUGACCACUUUAUUAUCUGCAUGGCUGGGAGUUGGUCAGACGUUCCACCUCACGUGAUGGCCUGUCCACCGGGGACCAAGUAUGACGAACAGCUCAAAAUCUGUAACUACGCCUUCAAUGUCCACUGUCAUCAUUAAAGGAUACAAGUUUGCAUUUUACCCCCCUUGUAACGCUCUCUUCUUUUCAAAGAUUAUUUAAAAAUCUACGUUUCAAAUGUAUCCGGAAUCGAACGAAAGAAUUAAUCAAUUAUGUACAAGUAGUCCAGAAGUUCCAUGCCAGUGCUGUCUAACUCAAGACCACGAGCUUCAUCCUUGCUGGCUCAGAAGCAGUAGUGUAGCAACUGUGGCGCGAAGGGUUCAUGAACACUGGGUGCCCUCAUGAACACUGGGUGCCCGCUGUGUCCCUUGAAAGAAAAAAAAAAGUUUGACUGUAAGAUUGCCAAUGCAUUGCAUUGCGAUCAUGCAUGACUUUUAACAAGUUGUUAUUGAAUUGAAUGUUUUGAAAUUUGUCAAAAGUAGUACCUGCAUAUUCCUACCCUUGAACCCGGAAGGCAAGUAGGCUUACCGCACUACGCUACUGCUCAGAAGUCACCGUAUUUUUUAUUUAAAUCUAUAUCAAUACAAUCUUGAAACUUUGGAAAGAAAAAAAUUGUAAUGAUCAUUUUUUUAACAUCGUAAUAAGUGCAUCCUUCUCAUUUUUUUUUGUCAUAUUACUUAGAAAUAUAUCAAUAAAGCUAACUUUAAUUAAUAAUAGGUCCGAUUAGGAAACUUUGAUAAAAUAAACAAUGUCAAGGACGCUAAACUGAACUUUAAAAUUGCCAACUAAAUAAAAGUUAAAAAACGGGAUAUCUUUAAAAAAAAAAGGAUUCUGCUGUGCUAUAAAGUGUAUACAAUAUGCAUAGUUAAUCAACACUUUAUCUUGUACACAGAAUACACACAAAAAAAGCUUGCUGCUUUCUGACAUGUAUGAACAUCUCCAAUAAAACGCACUGUCUAGCAGCAAGAUUUAUAUAGAUACGAGGGAUUCAGUAAGUGGCAAUACAUACGGUCUAGCUGCAAGCUUUAUAUAGAUACGAGGGAUUCAGUAAGUGGCAAUACAUACUUUCUAGCAGCAAGCUUUAUAUAGAUACGAGGGAUUCAGUUAGUGGCAAUACAUACCGUCUAGCAGCAAGCUUUAGAUAGAUACGAGGAUUCAGUAAGUAUCAAUACAUACUGUCGAACAGCAAGCUUUAUAUAGAUACGAAGGAUUCAGUAAGUGGCAAUACAUACUGUCUAGCAGUAAGCUUUAUAUAGAUACGAGGGAUUCAGUAAGUAGCAAUACAUACUGUCUAGCAGCAAGCUUUCUAUAGAUACGAGGGAUUCAGUAAGUGGCAAUACUUACUGUCUAGCAGCAAGCUUUAUAUAGAUACGAGGAUUCAGUAAGUGGCAAUACAUACUGUCUAGCAGCAAGCUUUAUAUAGAUACGAGGGGUUCAGUAAGUGGCAAUACAUACCGUCUAACAGCAAGCUUUAUAUAGAUACGAGGGAUUCAGUAAGGGGCAAUACAUAAGAAAACAAAAAAUAAAUGUUUACAGGUAUUCAAACAAAUUUCGACCUACGCGCAGUAGAUUAACAGUCUCAGUGAUUUAGAAAUGAAACUAAAUGUUUCAACCGUGUGAGAGCUUCAAAAAACUUGACGCACUCGUAAACACAAAAUAUUUUCAACAAUGAAACAGACUUAGUUUGAAUGAAACUGGGAUAAAAGAUCUGACACAAACAAGAAAAAUAGUUUAAUUAGGAGAAAAAACUCAAAAUCUGAAUACUUUUGUUCACUGUAGCGACUCCAUGCAUCUAGAAUUUCUGAAUCCCAGACACGAUCGGUUUAUUCGAAAUUGUAUUCGUUAAAUUACACAUUAUUAAAUUUAAGAAAUGAGACUUGGCCCUGUCCUUUUUCUCUAGAUUAGACAAUAGUAUUCCAAUAUAUUAAUAACUCUUGAGUUGCUGGGUUUUGUUCUUGUCGAACCAGUCUUUGUUCGGCUUAAUGCAAUAGCCCACUGAGCUGGCCGUUGCGUCCUGAUGAGUCUUUUUCAGCUGGCCUCAAAAUGCCUCUGGGUCUUUUUCCUGAGGCUUUCUGAGCUCAGCUUCAAGCAUGGCUCUUACUUGGUACUGUGCAAUGAAAUCACCACACUAAGUGCAGACUGAUAAACAGUUUGAUUUGCUAUUGGUGUUAUUAAAGUGUUAAGACACAUGUGGGGUUCAUUAUAUUGUUUUAAGUAAGAAAAAAAUGGGAAGGGUUCGUGGCAAAAUGAACACUAUAUAGCCUGGGAACAAAUCAAAGCCAGUGGGAAAGGAUUGCUAGUGAAUUAUAUUCGAAUGGACAAAAAUCUGUGAAAUAGAAUCGUUUCAUACAUUUUUUAUUUACCUUCAAUGGAGCUGUUUCCUCAAAUGUACAUCAAAAAUUAUCUCUUCUUCAAGACUCAUUUUUUUAAAGCAACAAUAACAAAUAGCCAUUGGGAUGUUAAUGCACUAAAUGUAGGCCCUACAACCAUUGGCAUAAAUAAAACCAAGAAGUAAAAAGUUUAUCGUGUGUUAGACAGCACUGUGUGGAACACCUUGUAAUCGUUGAACUUAAGUACCUGCAUUAUUUGUAGCCUUCAUUGUGAAAGAAAUUCACUUUCCCGAAGUGCCCAACAAUAAAUGACAAACCUUGAAAACUAAAUACUUUGAAACAACUUGUCUUGUUACUUAAUGCUAUUGGAUACAAGAGUAAGUUUGUACAUUCAUUGCCUUGUAAUAGUCUUAGCCUUUUAUUUGUUGCCUAUUUGUAUUGUGUACAUUAAAACAACUAUCUUCCUGAAAUAAGACUAAACCUUCAAAAAUAUUAACUCUUACUUCUUAAAUAAAAACAGUUAUAUGAAUUAAUGUCUUUAACUAUAAUUGUAGCCUGUUUAUUGAAUUAAACCCUAAUUGCACUAUAUCUGACAUCAAAAUCCCAAAGUCUCCCGCAGACAACAUAAUUUAAAAUAAUAUUCUCUCUCUCUCUCUCUCUCUCUCUGUCUCACUCUCUCUCCUUUUGAAAACAAAAUAACCAAAAUAAAAAACAACUGUUGAGCUGUCACUAAGUUUGUCAACUAAAAAAAACAAUAAAUUUCUUUAGAACAGUUG